AUUGUGAGAGUGGGGAGCUGAGGCUUUGGCUUAAGAGGCUUCAGCGAGGAGGCACAAGUGGGGAGCAGAUUCCUUACACAUUGCCCUUGGUCCGAUGGCGGAGUGCGGUGGUGUGCGGAGUUCGGCUUCUAGUUGCAGCAUUUCAUCGCUCUCCAGCGCGCUGUCCAACACCCGGCUCGACCUGCUGGACUCGGAGUGCACCUCCGGCACCCGCAAUGGAUCCCGAGCUUCUCGACCGGCCGCCGGCGGCAGCCAGGCACACAGACGCCGAAGUUGCUCACGCAGCUACAGCGUGGAAUCGGCGGACAGCCCGACCGAGGUCCGAGUGCUGGUGAUAAACACCGGCGGGACUAUCGGCAUGAUGUACCGAAAUAACGUACUUGCACCACAAGCAAAUGCUUUUGUCAAGGCCCUUCGAAAACUACCGGGCUUACAUGAUGAAGAUUACGCUCAAAAAACCAAGCUUUAUGAUUUUUGUGAUUUACCAGAAAAUACUUUGGUGCUUCCUUGUUCAAGGUCAAACAAAAGGAUUGUGUAUUCAGUAAUUGAAUAUUCACCUUUGCUGGACUCCUGUAACAUGACCACAGAUGACUGGGCUAAAAUUGCUGUUGAUAUACAGACUCACUACCAAGAAUAUUGGGGUUUUGUGAUCCUUCAUGGUACAGAUACUAUGGCUUACACUGCUUCUGCCCUCUCAUUCAUGUGUGAGAAUCUAGGAAAACCCAUCAUCCUGACUGGCUCACAAGUUCCCAUUUAUGAGAUGAGAAAUGACGGCCACGAUAAUUUACUUGGGGCAUUGCUGAUUGCCGGCCAGUUUGUGAUCCCAGAGGUUGGUCUCUAUUUUCAACACAAGUUAUACAGAGGAAAUCAAGUAACAAAAAUAGAUUCAGCAAGUUUUUCUGCAUUUACUUCACCAAAUAUGCAGCCACUUGCCAAUGCUGAAGUAGAAAUUAAAGUCAACUGGGAUGCUGUUUGGAGACCAAAUUCAACGAAGAAGUUUAGAGUACACACCAACAUGAAUCGAAAUGUGGGAUUGUUAAGGCUCUUUCCCGGAAUCACUGCUGCCACGGUAAAAGCCUUUUUGCAACCACCAAUGGAGGGCAUUGUGCUGGAGACUUAUGGAUCAGGCAAUGCUCCAGAUAACCGUCCUGAUAUAUUGGAGGAGUUCAAGAAAGCUAUAGAACGUGGAGUAUUGAUAAUAAACUGCACCCAGUGUUUGCGAGGUUCUGUUACUGAAUCAUAUGCCACAGGAAAGGCUCUAGCUGAUGUAGGACUCAUUUCUGGCUAUGAUAUGACACCUGAAGCUGGUUUGGCAAAAUUGUCUUAUGUGCUGGGCAAGACUGAACUGAGUAUUGAAGAAAAGAACAAGAUGGUGUCUGAAAACUUAAGAGGGGAAAUGAAUACAAAGUUUGGGGAGGCAAAGAUCUCUCUUCGUGACAGCCAAUUUAUUCAAGCCAUAGCUCGGUCUCUCAGUAUCAGCUGCAAAGAGGAAUUGGAGGCUAUCCGAGAUGCCCUAACCCCCUCAUUGGCUUGUGCAGCUGCAAAGACUGGUGAUAUAAAUGCAUUGGAAGCUAUAAAUGAUAUGGGUGGGAACUUGUGCAAGGAAGAUUAUGAUGGGCGCACUCCAUUGCAUGUGGCAGCUUGUGAGGGCCAUCUACAAGUUGUGCAGUAUCUGCUGGAACAUGGGGCCACUGUUUAUGCUAAAGAUCGUUAUGGCAAUACACCAUUAAAGAAUGCAGUGAAAUUCAGGCACACUGAGGUCAUCAAGUUACUCCGACAGACUGGAGCCCACUUCUCAAAGAAUGAGAUUGUAGAUGUGGGAACUGAUUUGUGCAGCCUGGCUGCAAACGGUGAUGUGGAAGGAUUGGAGGCUUGGAAGCUUGCAGGACUGGACUUGGAUCAAUCCAGCUACGAUGGACAAAAUCCUCUGCAAAUUGCUCUGGCUGCUGGGAAUGAAGAGGUGGUUGCAUUCCUUCAGUUAGGACUCGAGCGAAACAGCCUGUAGGAUGGAUGACCUGGGCACUACCGAAGUUUGUAGGGACUGGCCUUCGCAGCACCUUGGAGUCGGCCGACAAUUGGAUGUGGUGAAUACUGCACAAUUGUAAAAGAAGACUGAUUUUUUUUUGAUAAUCCAUUGUAAGAUCCAUUGGUGGGAGCAUUUUUUUAAAAUAAUGUCAUUCCUCCACCUCCCAUGGAACACUGAAAAAUAACUUUGUAUGGUUUUUGAUCCUAUGAUGCUAUGGAUAUUUUCUUUGCCAUUGCUUAAACUAUGUGCUUAGUGAAUUGAUUUAUGUUGGUUCAACUCUUUCAUUCAGAGGUGUUUUGCCAGGUUUGUGCUUAGCUGAUUGUUGAGAUGCAAAAGAAACAACCAUCUCAUGGUGAGCUAAAAAUUCAUCGCACUCCUGCCAAUUAUACCAAUUAGCAUAUCCAAAGAAUGUUGCCUUGCUGCUGCUGCUAUUACUCAUUACUUGGAAGCAAUCAAUACUACUGAGGAAUGCACCUUUUGCAAUUUACAUUCGGUCCAUUGAUCUGCAUUUGUAAGUCUGUCACUUCAUUCUCUUGUACAUGUGAGGACCAUUUCUAAAAGGUUAGACUAAAUAGCGCAAAACAUUGUACGUGCCUCUGCAGGUUCAGUCAACCAAAAGUUAAUUCCCUGGCAGCAAGUGACAACUGUAGAAAUUUGGAGGUAAUCCUGAAAGUAGUUGUGAUCAAUGCAUCCUGCUACCAUAAAUGCACACUGAUAUAAAGGGCAGGUGAGCUAAAUUAAACAUUUUUACAGGUAAUGGAGAAAAUCUUGUCUUUGAAAUGUAUGGAAAGAUUUUAGAAGAACGACUUGAAAUUUGAAAAUAGCUGCAUAACAUCAUGACCUUGUAUAUAGUUACUAGUUUUCAAGAAUCAUAGGAUUCCAACAAGUAUAACCUGUUGAAAUAUCAACAACAAGAUUUAUAAAGGAUAUUUAUAGAAUCAAAGAAAGUUUAUGACACAAACAUUUUGGUGUUGGUCUCAGGGUUUGCUGAAUUUUGGUGGCCAGUGGUGAUAUUCACUUUUUAUUCUGAUAGUGCUGGUCAAAAAAGAGCACCCAGCCUAAUUCCACCUUCCAGCAAUUGGACCAUGGCCGUGCAGGCCAUGGCUCUUUGGGGACACACCCAAGUAGUUUUAACAUGUGAUAAGGUUUUCUGCCACCACCACCAUUUCUGGCACAAAGUUCCAGAACCCCACCAGCAUUUGAGGGGGCAAAGCUUUUGCCUAUCUGCCUCAAUGCUUCCACCAACUAUAGUAAAAUCUCUUGUUUAAGAACAACACCUUCUGCCUGGGUAGUUCACAGCCCAGUGUUAUGAACAUUGAAUUUUCCAAAUUCAGGUAACUUGCACCCUCUGAGUUCCUUACUGUCUCCUAAUCUACCCAAGUUCUCUCAUCACCCCCCCCCCCCCCAAGCCCCUCAUUAUCCAGUUUUGUUCCCCCCUCACAACCUGGUUCCAUGUGCCUAUCACCCACAGCCUACAGGCUCCAGUAUUCUCUCCUCCAUCUGCACAUCAUUCCUCCUUUUAUCUGCUUCCAUUUAUUACAUUCCUCGUGUUUAAAUUCCGGCAUCUGCAGUCUCUUGUGUCUCCACUUAUCACCUUCCAUCUCCUGUCUCUACCCCCACCCUCCUCUCCCCACCUGACUCCAUCGGUCCAUCAUCCCUCUCCUCCCCUAGUUCCACCUAUCAUCUGCCUCUCCCUGCCUCAUCCUUCCCUCUCACCUCUUUAUACUGGCUGUCUCCCCUCUACACUGUUCAGUUCUGGUCACCUCAUUAUAGGAAGGAUGUGGAAGAUUUAGAGAGGGUGCGGAGGAGAUUUACCAGGGUGCUGUGUGGAUUGGAGAGCAUGUCUUAUGAGGAUAGGUUGAGUGAGCUUGGGCUUUUCUCUUUGGAGAGAAGGAGGAUGAGAGAUGACUUGGUAGAGGUGUACAAGAUGAUAAGAGGCAUAGAUUGAGUGGACAGUCAGAGACUUUUUCCCAGGGUGACAAUGGCUAACACGAAGGGCCAUAAUUUUAAGGUGAUUGGGGGAAGGUAUAAGGGGGAUGUCAGGUAAGUUUUUAACUACAGAGUGGUGGGUGCAUGGAAUGCACUGCCGGCAGAGGUUGUGGGGGCAGAUACAUUAGGGACAUUUAAGAGACUCUUAGCCACAUGAAUGGGAGAGAAGGGUUAACAUUUGGGAGGGAAGGAUUAAAUAGAUAUUAGAGCAGGAUAAAAUGUUGGCACAACAUUUUGGGCAGAAGGGCCUGUACUCUGCUGCAGUGUUCUAUGUACAAUAUCAGUCCAAGUGUCAGUCUCAACCCAAAACAUCGACCAUCCCAUUGCCUCCACAGAUGUUGCCUGAUGUGCUGAGUUCCUCCAGCAGAUUGUACUUUGCUCUUGAUAGUUAGCAAGUGUCAGACUUGACAGAUGCCACUUCAAAUAUGUUAGAUAAUUAAUACCCCACCAUCACUUGCCGAUUCCUCUGAAAUGCCUGUUACUAGAGUGUACUGGAUUGUAAAAUGCCGGAUAACAAAGCCUUCACUAUACUUUAAAUGUAUUCCACUUGGUUCUUGAGUCUCUGCUGAAGGGAAUAGGUCCUUCUGAUUCAUCUCCCCUCCUCGUGAUGAAACAACUUGGGAGAUAUUAUAGAUAACAGACAUUGAGACUGUGGGUAAAGAAUAGGAGGAGGAAACCAAAAGUUUGGGCAAGUGCUGAGAGAACUACAGCUCCAAGGUGCCAAUGCAGCUUGCCCAGUGGUUCUUAUUGGGGAGACUGCCUGAAAUCUUGUUCUUUGGCCUACAAAUGAAAACUUCCUUACACACAAUAUUGUGGGAGAAAUCUUCUGGUUGCUAAUGCAUAAUAUUUGUGACAAUAAUAGGUGUGGGGUUAUCAGGCACUAGUUAUACCUUGCCCCCCUGCCAUUCAGCUACAUUGACUUCAAUGGCAAUGUGCUACAGCAGAUGCCCCCACAACUAUUUAGCGGUCAUGGUCUAAGAUCUAUUUGUCCUCCAUAGGGUUGGUUUGAAAUAUGGUGCAAGUGGUGCAUCCCUAUCAUAGGCUUCCGUUAGUAGUUCAUUACAUUUCAAUCUAUUUAUAGAUUCAAGAGAUGAUUGCUAAUUUAAUAAGAAAUAUGCCUCCUCUGUUUCCAUUAGAAGUUAUUCCUCCAAAUAAUAUAUUUUUCAGAGUUUAAGUAAAACCCUUUUUGUCUGAUUUUUUUUUUUAAAACAUUCACAUACCUCAGGAGAGCUGGAAUGUACUGCACAUAGUUUUUCCAUUUUGGAUAAUCUGCAUGGAAUUAUGUCCUGAGAUUUAUCUUCCUACUGUCCACUACUUUACAGCUCUGAUGUGAGUGAUUCUUUCUCAAUGGAUUUUAUUUUAUCACUGAUUUUCAUAUCAUUGGCUUGUGAUGUCUAGGACUGUCUGUGUAGCUUCUCAUUCAUUUUGCUAUUCCCGGUUAGUCCAGUUUUCAGUUAAUAAUAAAGGGCAAGCACAGUUGUUAUGAAAACCCCAAAGGUUUUGAAAUGUCCCUUGGCUAGAAAUAUAAAUGUUUUUUUUGCCUUGACAUUAUCAUUGACCUGUUCCAGAUUUUAUCUACAAGGUUAGACAUUCUCCUUGUAUUUGUAUGUCAUUUUGUCAAUUUGAUUUUUCCUGUUAAGUGUGUUAAGUAAAAGUGUUAAAUAAAAUGCUGUUU